AAGAGGUACCACGUGGUUCUUACGAUGGCGAAUAAAAUUGGCUCCGUGUACAUUGAUGGAGAACCUCUGGAGGGUUCAGGGCAGACCGUUGUGCCAGACGAGAGGACGCCUGACAUCUCCCACUUCUACGUUGGCGGGUAUAAAAGGAGUGAUAUGCCAACCAUAAGCCACGUGACGGUGAAUAAUGUUCUUCUUUACAACCGUCAGCUGAAUGCCGAGGAGAUCAGGACCUUGUUCUUGAGCCAGGACCUGAUUGGCACGGAAGCACACAUGGGCAGCAGCAGCGACAGCAGUGCCCACAGUACGCCCUCAACUCCCGCUGACAGCAGUGCCCACAGUACGCCCUCGACUCCCGCUGACAGCAGUGCCCACAGUACGCCCUCAGCUCCCGCUGACAGCAGUGCCCACAGUACGCCCUCGACUCCCGCUGACAGCAGUGCCCACAGUACGCCCUCAACUCCCGCUGACAGCAGUGCCCACAGUACGCCCUCGACUCCCGCUGACAGCAGUGCCCACAGUACGCCCUCAACUCCCGCUGACAACGGUGCCCACAGUACGCCCUCAGCUCCCGCUGACAGCAGUGCCCACAGUACGCCCUCAACUCCCGCUGACAGCAGUGCCCACAGUACGCCCUCAACUCCCGCUGACAGCAGUGCCCACAGUACGCCCUCAACUCCCGCUGACAGCAGUGCCCACAGUACGCCCUCGACUCCCGCUGACAACGGUGCCCACAGUACGCCCUCAACUCCCGGUGACAGCAGUGCCCACAGUACACCCUCAACUCCCGCUGACAACGGUGCCCACAGUACGCCCUCAGCUCCCGGUGACAACGGUGCCCACAGUACGCCCUUGACUCCCGGUGACAACGGUGCCCACAGUACGCCCUCAGCUCCCGGUGACAACGGUGCCCACAGUACGCCCUUGACUCCCGGUGACAACGGUGCCCACAGUACGCCCUCAACUCCCGGUGACAACGGUGCCCACAGUACGCCCUCAGCUCCCGCUGACAACGGUGCCCACAGUACGCCCUCGACUCCCGCUGGCCACGGUGCCAAUGGUACGGUUUUGAUUUUGCACGAUGGCGCUGCAUUUUCGGCCUUUUCGGGCGGAGGGCUUCUUUUGUGUGCGGGUGCUUUGCUGCUGCACGUGUUCGUUAUGGCAGUUUUUUUCUGA